AUGACACGGCCUACUUCUCAUGUUGACGUCCUCAUUGUCGGCGCUGGCCCGGCAGGACUCAUGCUGGCGAAUUGGAUGAGCCGCUGCGGAAUCAAGACACGCGUGGUAGACAAGCGUGGUACCAAGGUCUUCAACGGCCAAGCAGACGGCCUCCAAUGCCGAACCCUGGAGAUCUUCGACUCCUUCGACUUCGCCCAACGUGUCUGGCAGGAAUCAAACCACAUGCUAGAAAUCUGUCUCUGGAACCCAGACAAAAAUGGUAACUUGCGCCGCUCAGACCGUAUUGCGGAUACAAUCCCCGGGAUUAGUCGAUUCCAGCAAGUCGUCCUGCACCAAGGCCGUAUUGAGCGGUUCUUCCUCGACUCGAUCAAGGAGCACAGCGAUAUCACCGUUGAACGGGGAGUACUGCCUACUUCGUUCGACUUCAACGUGUCCAAAGCUCGCGAUCCCACUGAUUAUCCGAUCACCGUGACGCUCAAGACGCUCUCGGACGAAGAAGCCACACCCCAGCAACAACGGAAGUCCGCCAAUGGCACCGUCGUGGAUGACGGACUUUUCCGCAGCAACCUCGCCCCAGACGACACGGAAGACAUGAUUCGCUCAGCGGAGCAAAGUAAUCGCGCCAACCAAACAGAAGAAGUCAAAGCCAAGUUCAUGGUAGGCUGUGACGGCGCUCACUCUUGGGUCCGGAAACAACUCGGGUUCAGUUUGGAGGGCGACUCGACGGACUAUAUCUGGGGCGUGCUUGAUAUUGUCCCCAUCACUGACUUCCCUGAUAUCCGAAUGCGGUGCGCUAUUCACUCAGCCAAUGCUGGGUCCGUCAUGGUUAUUCCGCGGGAGAAUAAGCUUGUACGGUUGUAUAUCCAGCUGCAGUCGACGGAUGUGGGAGGAGGGAAGGCAGACCGGUCGAGUAUCACCCCCGAUAUGAUCCUUAAGUCCGCACAGCAAAUCUUGCAUCCGUAUACACUUACUUAUGAGUAUUGUGACUGGUGGACGGCAUAUCAAAUUGGUCAACGCGUUGGAAGUAAUUUCUCAUUGCAGGAUCGCGUGUUUUUGGCUGGUGAUGCUGUUCAUACGCACUCCCCUAAGGCUGGACAGGGAAUGAACGUUAGCAUGCAGGAUACAUACAACCUGGGCUGGAAGUUAGCCCAUGUGGUCAAGGGCUACAGUGAGCUCUCGAUCCUAAAGACAUACCAGUCCGAAAGACGACGAAUCGCACAGGACCUGAUCGCAUUCGACUACCGCUUCUCACGCCUCUUCUCCGGCCGUCCCGCCAUGGACGUAAUGGACGAAGAAGGCAUUAGCAUGGAAGAAUUCAAAAAUGCCUUUCAAAAAGGCAACAUGUUCGCCAGUGGGAUCGCCGUCGACUACGGCACCAGCCUCAUCGUCGCCAAACCCGGCUCCUCAGCCGAACAAGGCGACGGAACCGACGUCUCCAGUCAAAGCAAACACCGCGUCCUGAGCAAACAACACCUCGCAAGCACCAUCCCUGUCGGACAACGUAUCCCCAGCCACAAAGUGCUCAACCAAGCCGACGCGCGUCCAUGGCAUCUACAAGAGCUGCUCAAGAGCAAUGGCCGCUGGCGCGUGAUUGUGUUCCCGGGAUCCCUAACCAAUCAGACGAACAUGGCCCGCUAUCAACGACUGGGUGAGAAAUUGAUUAAUGCAAACUCGUUCCUUCGGAGAUACACGCCGUCAAAUUUGCCUAUCGACGGCGUUAUCGAGGUGCUUACCGUCCAUGCUGGGCCGCGGUGGGAUAUUGAGUUGUUGGAUUUACCGGAUAUCUUCCAUCCGUACCAUGAGAAGAUGGGGUGGGAUUACUGGAAAGUGUUUGCGGAUGAUCAGUCGUACCAUGAGGGUCAUGGGAGGGUGUAUGAAAAUUAUGGGAUUGAUCCGCGACAAGGGGCCAGUGUGAUUGUGCGGCCGGAUCAGUAUGUUAGUUGGGUUGGGGAGAUGGAUGAUUAUGAGGAGAUGGAGGGGUUCUUUUCUUCAUUUAUGAAGGAGCAGCAGGGUGUGACUCAACAGCAGCAGGCUGAUGGGCUUGUUACGUCUGUUUUGUAG